CUAUUUGGCAGUUCACCGAUUAUAUUAGCGAUUAGCAAUUCAGAGGAAGCCGUUGCUUUAAACGAGUGUAAUGACUUUGCAUUCACACAGAUCAGCCAUAACAUUAUGACCAGUGCCAGGUGAAGUGAAUAAGACUGAGUAUCUCCUCAUCAUGGCACCUGUUAGUGGGUGGGAUAUAUUAGGCAGCAAGUCAACAUUUUGUCCUCAAAGUUGAUGUUAGAAGCAGGAAAAGUGGACAAGAGUAAGGAUUUGAGCGAGUUUGAUGAAGGACCAAAUUGUGAUGGCUAGACCACUGGAUCAGAGCAUCUCCAAAACUGCAGCUCUUGUGGGGUGUUCCUGGUCUGCAGUGGUCAGUAUCUGUCAAAAGUGGUGCAAGGAAGGAACAGUGGUGAACCGACGGUCAAGGCUCAUUGAUGCACGUGGGGAGCGAGGGCUGACCUGUGUGAUCUGAUUCAACAGACGAGCUACUGUUGCUCAAAUUGCUGAAGAAGUUAAUGCUGGUUCUGAUAGAAAGGGGUCAGAAUACACAGUGCAGGAUGGGUCAGGGCUGUUCUGGCAGGACCAACACGAUAUUAGGCAGGUGGUCAUAAUGUUAUGCUUGAUCGGUGUAUGUUAACAUUAUUCAGUGGGAUUAGCCAAUAUUGUUACGAGUGAUUAAGGCUAAUGAGUGAACUACUGAAGCAUGAGCUGUUAUUAUAAAACAAAACCAAAAAUUUUGGACAUGCCUAUUAAUAUAAACCUGUGUCUUGCCUCACAAACUGAGACUCACAGUCAUGGAAAAUCAAUCAACAGACGCAAAAUAAUCAGAAUUAAACGAAGCUGUGGUAAAAUUACCUCUAAAUUACACACUCCAGUAACAGAUUAAGAGAUCUGACUGCUAAUGUAUUAUUAGCCACAUUAGCAUUUACUUCAGAUUGCCAUACAGAAUUCUUUCUCCAAACGGUGGGGCAGAAUACAUCUAAUUCUAGAAAGAUUAUUAUUAUUAUUAUUAUUAUUAUUAUUAUUAUUAUUUGUAGUAGUAGUAGUAUUUAAAGAUUAUUAUUAGCACAAUUAGCCAUGACUAGAAAAUGGCAGUCCAGGCUACAUCCUUUGAUAAACAUAUUUUUGGAUUAGCCAGACUUUUACCUUGAUUAACUUUAUUAUGAAAAGCAAUAUUUUUUCCUUUUUUCCCCCUCAAAUAUGAGGGUUAAGGGUUAAUUUAAUGUACAAAUAUUUGUCACUGAACUAGCUAAAAGUCAAGAGAAGUUAUUUUCGUGUGUGAGAUAAAAUACUUUGAGGAAAAUUGAGGGAAUUAAGAAUCAUUAUGGUAUAUAUGAAGAGUAAAUUUACACGAUUUAUGUUUUGAUAAACAGAUACUGAGUUUGUAAUAUCCCGGUUUUUUAUUCAGAAAUCGAUUGAGAAAAACAUCGAAAAAUCAAUGCGCGUGCUCGCGGCUCACGCGCGCCACCGUGCGGUUGUUACCUCAGCAACAAGCUAACGGGAACUUUCUUUUUCUUCUUCUCGGGAAAGAAUUACCUGAACAUUUCGAUAAAACGUCUUUAUAAUUCCAUUCUUUUGGUCUAUGACAAUAAGAUAGAGCAGCUAUUUAAAGAAAAUAAUAAUAAUAACUUGUUACUUAAGGUUUCUCUGUUCCACAGAAAUCAGAUUUCUUUAGGAGAUCCAUCGCUUGAACCUUGAGUUCCACAUCCGAGAGAAACAUGCAUAAAGUCUCACCUGAGAAAGCUUCUGGUGGUGGAGAUGUUUUAGACCAGAAAUCUCAAAGAGUUUGCGAUGUGGAAAAGCUGAUGGACCAUCUGCAGAACACUCUGGUGUCCAUCGAGGAGGAGAAUCUGCACUCGAAUAAAAAAUUACAACCUAUUCAAGGUCAAUACUACAAUCUCAGAGUCAGGUGUAAUGAAGAUAAGUGUGGAGAAGUGGAGAAGGACCACGAAGUGGAGGAGAAGAAAGGUGAGGAGUUCAGCAGCGACCGAAGGGACAGCCAUCUUGUACAGGAAGACAACAUCCUGAAACAUGAUCACUUGGAGAAACAGAAGCCCUCAGACAAGGUGGUCCUCCUCCACGAAGACCCGAGCCCUCUACCAAAGGAACUUGACCAGAAACCUUUUGCUAACUCUCAGGAGGAGAUGAGUUUUGACACUGUGGCCUGGUUACAGAAGGAGAACAGGGUGCUGAGGGAGAGCCUGGAGCAGAGCUCCUUGGUGUCCAUGAAGGUUUUGGGAAGAGUGGAGAACUUAACGGAGCAGCAGGUGGAACUGGAGCGUUGCCUUUUCACCCUCCAGACUGAGAAGUCUCUUCUGCAGGAUGAAAUGAGGACGCUCCAUCAAGAGUACAUCAGCCUCUGUCAGAAAGUGAAGCUGCAGCUGAGGGAAGGAGCCACGUCUCAGACAGAAAGGGAUGCUUCUGGUUUAAUCCAAAACCCAAGAGGAUCUACACACCACAGUCCUCCGCAGAGACCUGCUACUUUGGGAGAGAUGGCAGAGGAACCUGCUGACCUGAUGACAGAUGACCCCUAACCUGAACAGGAGAGGAUUCAGUCUGAGAAUCGGCCGCAGUUUCUGAAUAAAUGAAAUAGUUGGAGAUUAAGAUUGCGUCAGAGCAGAUUUAGAUUAAAGAUCCUCUUUCACUGAACAUAUGUUACUUAUUUCUUAGUUCUGUUCUAUUAAAUAGAAACUUUUCUUAUCUCUUUAUGCGUGGAUCAUAUCACUUCUGACCUGAUGCAACAAGAAAUAUUGGGAUACUGGGAUGCUAUUGUGAUCAGAUAGGCAUGCUUUUGCAUUCAUCUAGUGAUGAAUAAAUAAAUAAAUAAAUAAAUAAAAAAAAAAGAACACAGUAAUAUUUGUUUUUAGUGUUUUAUGUAACAUUCAUUAAUCUAUUAAUUAAGGGAUGGAUGAAUGAAGUUACACUUACACUAUAUUGCCAAAAGUAUUGGGACCCCCCCCAAAUCCUUGAACUGAGGUGUUGUUUUUCAGGGGUUGGGCUCGGCCCCUUAGUUCCAGUGAAACCUCUUAAUGCUUCAACAUUUUGGACAAUUUCAUGCUCUUUGUGGGAACAGUUUGGGGAUGACCCCUUCCUGUUCCAACAUGACUGCACACCAGUGACCAAAGCAAGGUCCAUAAAGACAUGGAUGAGUGAGUUUGGUGUGGAGGAACUGCACCUCAACCCCAUAGAACACCUUUGGGAUGAAUUAGAGCGGAGACUGCGAGGCAGACCUUCUCAUCCAACAUCAGAAUUGAAGCUGCAAAGGGGCGGGACAACUCCAUAUUACAUUCAUGUGCAUGUAAAGGCAGACGUCCCGCUCUGAUUCAUCCUUCCAUCCAUCAUUCCUUUCACUGGAACUAAGGGGCCGAGCUCA